AUGUGGGGUCGGGGCGCCGGCUUUGGCGUCGGCCACACGCGAGACACGCAAACCAAGGGGGUGUGGUUGUGGAGCGGGGUGAGGGAGGAGCCUGACGAGAAUGGCGCCAACAGGACGCAGCAGGACCAACAGCAGCAGCAGCAGCAGCAGCAGCAGCAGCAGCAGCAGCAGCAGCAGCAGCAGCAGCAGCAGCAGCAGCACGAGCAGAAGAACGACAAAAGCCUGCUGUUCGUGGAUACCGAGGGGUUUGAGUCAACAGCCCGCAGCAGCAGCUACGACGACCGCAUAUUUGCGGUGGCGGCGGUGCUCAGCAGCCUCCUCAUAUAUAACCUGCCGGAGACGAUCCGGGAGUCGGACGUAGCGAAGCUCUCGUUCGCGGUGGACCUGGCCAGCGGAUUUUACGACCAGUGGCGCGGCACCGCGGGCGUGCCGCUGCAGCCGGGGCGCAUGCUCUGGGUGAUCCAAAGGGACUUCCUGCAGGGCAAGGGGGUGCAGCAGCUGGUGGACGAGGCGCUCGCGCCGGUCCCCAACCCCGAGGGCGACAAGGAGCUGCAGCAGCUGAACCGCAUCCGCGCGACGCGGCUCUGCGAGCUCAGCGACUCGCAGCUCGAGCCCAGCUACCUGAAGCAGCGCGACGGCCUUAAGGCCGCCGUGCACAAGCUGGCGCGCCGGAAGGUCGUGGGAACACAGGUCUUCACCGGCAAGCACCUAGCGGAUCUGCUGUCUGACCUCAUCAAGGCGCUGAACGAGAAGGAGAUCCCGACGGGCGCCAGCCUGCUGGAAUCGUUCAAUCAGCAGCUGGUCGGCCGCGCGCUGGGGACAUACACCAAGCUGCUCGACGCGAUCGGGGUGCCGGUGGACGAAGAGCAGCUGCGCAAGGCGGAGUCCGCCGCCCGCGAGGCCGCGCUGCGCUCGUUCGAGCAGCAGCUGCUGGGCCGCAAGCAGGGGGAGGCGCUCAGGGCGCAGCUGCUGGAGUCGAUGGACCGGGAGCGCAAGUCAAAGGAGCUGUCGAACUCGGCGGCCAGCAACGACGCCUGCCAGGCGCUGGAGAUGGCCUGCACCCGCCAGCUGGACUCGCUGGGCCGCAUGGCUGUGCCGUCGAUGCGGCAGUUCAGCAGCAGCUUCGGCAAGUGCAAGGCGCAGUUCGAGGCCAAGUGCACCGGCCCCGCGCGCGCGGCGAGCUCGGAGCGCCUUUCGAUGGCCUGGGAACGCGCCAGCAAGCAGUUCGGCUCGGACUACAACGGCCGGCUGCUGACGGGGCUGCUUGUGCUGUCGGUUGGAGGUAUCCUGGUGUUCAGGUUCCUCCUGCGCGCGCGGCUGCUUGAGCUGGCGUCGUGGCUGGCGCUGGGCUUUCUUGAGCUGUACCCCAUGUAG